GCUACAAUGAUUCUAAUACAAAAAGACGAGAUAUCUCACUCCCCAAUAGCUGAAUGUCCAACAACACCAACAACACCAACAACAACUACAUCUCAAUCUCAUCUCUUCAGCCUUUACCAAACCACCAUAAAACAAAACAUUUUCACAUUCAUCAGCAAAAUGAAGUUCUUUAUCGCCGCCAUCCUCUCCGCUGUCGCCGUUUCGGCCAGCCCCGUCGCCGUGGCCGCCGACGCAGUCUUCACCGUCUCCGACUUCAGCGCCGGUUGCAUUCCCCACAGCACUCAGUGCCUUUACUCCUUUGGAGUUCUCCAGCCCGGAACCAUGGAAACCACACCCGUCAAGUGCGAGGCUUUGGUCACUGCCAACACUGACGGCACCUUGCCCAACGUCAAGCACGGCAAGUGCAAGGAGUCUUCGCGCCUCUUCAGCGUCACUCGUGGUGACAAGGGCCUGUACCUCAAGGUCUGGCAGCCCGUCACUCCUUCAAGCAACCAGUCCGGCAAGCACCUGCUGCCCAAGAAGGAUCUCGUUACAUCCAACAAGCCCAACGCUGUUGUCCAGAGCUAUAAGGGCCCUAAGAAGUUCAGUCUCUACUAGACUUGGAGGCGAGGAGAGUUGGUAUGAGAUUGAUAGACGGAUUGUAUAUAGUAUUGUACGGUAAAAAUAUAGGCGAUUUUAAGUCGACCGAAAUAAUUUAGCCAAUGAAUUCUUUUAUUGAUAAGGUACUAAUGAAUAUCUUAAUUUUUUUUA